CCUAAGUCUGACUUCACUGCCCUCUUCCCACUACUAUAAAAAAAGCCACACAUCAAUACCUCCCCUCCCCUCUCUUCCUCAUUCCACCUCUCCUGCCUUCCAUCUCCAACCGUCCAUCUACAUCAUGACCGGCACCACCCAGUUGACUGCCCUCGAGGCCUUUGUGGCCGCCCACCCGACCAUCCGCCUGACCACUCCCGCCUCGCCCGACUUCCCCGCCGCCCGCCGCGUCUUCAAUGCGGGCCGCCUCGCCCACCCGCUGGCCAUUGCCCACCCGCAAUCCCCCGCCGACGUCGCCGCCCUCGUCCAACACGCCAAAGCCCAGGCUCUGCCCUUCUCCGUCCGCUCCGGCGGUCACAACCUCGAGGGUCUGUCCAUCUACGACGGCGCCCUCCUCAUCGACCUCCGCGCCCUCACCGCCGUCACCAUCGCCGCGGAUCGCCAGUCCGCCACCGUCCAGGGCGGCAUCCUCCAACACGAACUGGCCUCCAAGCUCUGGGCCGACGGUCUAGGCACCCCCACCGGUGCUAUCCCCGACGUGGGCUACAUCGGCUGGGCCACCUACGGCGGCUACGGAUCCUUUUCAUCCCACUGGGGUCUCGGCGCCGAUCAGAUCCUCGGCGCAACCCUCGUCAACCCCGACGGCGACAUCGUCCCGGCCGAUGAACAAACCCUCCAGGGCAUCCGCGGCGCGGGGGGUCUCUUCGGAAUCAUCCUCGACCUGACCAUCAAAGUCUAUCCACUUCCCAGCCUCCUCGCCGGCGCCAUCAUGUUCGACUCCACCAACAUCGCCCAAACCAUCACAACCUACAACAAAUCCUACCAAUCCCUAAUCUCCACCUCCCCCUUACCCCCCCAACUAACCCUCCAACAAAUCGCCUUCAACUCGCCCCACGGCCGUCUCUUCGCCGUAAUCUUCACCUGGAGUGGUUCCAACCUAGACGAAGGCAAACAAUGGAGUGAGAAAAUCGCCUCCCUCGCCCCUCUCCUCAUGAACACCGUCGCGCAGACCACAAUCCCCGACUGGUUCGCGGGUAAUGGUGCCCUCGUUCCGAAGACGAUGUAUGGUUCCUCCGCGACGCAUAACAUCCGCAGGAUUACUCCCGCCGUGGCGGAGGUGAUUGGACGGAAUUUGGCCAUCAUGCCUGGGGAUAUGGGGACGAUGUUCUCGAUUCAUGAGCUUAGGGGACCGUCGGCGGUGGAGAAGGGGGAUUCGGUGUUUGCCAGUCGAGAACCGCAUUUUAUGUUUGAGGUGUUGGGGUUUGUGACUGAUGAGAAAGGGAGGGAGGAGUCGGAGAGAUGGGCGGAAAAGAUGGCGAGGGAGAUUGAGGAGGUUGGGGCGGGGGAUGUCUUGCCUACGGCGUAUAUCUCGUUGUUUAAGAUGGAGGGGGUGAAAUCCCAGGAUGUUCUGGAGAAGGUGUAUGGGAAGUAUGCGGGGGUGGUGAGGGAUUUGAAAGAGAGGUUUGAUCCGGAGGGAGUGUUUGGGUUGACGGUGCCGGCGUUGAAGUGAUACUUUACCUGGUAUGGUAUGGUAUAUGAGGGAAAGCAGAAUGGGAUGUAUACCAAUGAUCAAAACACAUUCCAAUGGAACUGAUUAAACCUUAUUUGAAUUCAUGUUGUGAUUUGAAAAUGUAUAUUUUUGACCUCUACGUUAACUCCUCUUUAGUUGUGCAUUGAAGGUGAAAUAAUCUGUCGAUAUUUUAUGCUAGGGAUAACAUCUUUUAUACAAUAUCAUCUAUGAC